UUGUGUUAUAUAAUUUUUUGUUAACCGUUUCAUUCUGAUUAUACGUUCAACACUACUGAAUAUUCUUCAUCAACGUAGCUUACUUGAAGAAUUUUUUCUAUUUCAUUUUAUUAACAUGAGAGAGUGCAUUUCUAUCCACGUCGGACAAGCUGGUGUCCAAAUUGGCAAUGCUUGCUGGGAAUUAUAUUGUUUGGAACAUGGUAUUCAACCUGAUGGUCAAAUGCCAAGUGACAAAACAAUUGGUGGUGGUGAUGAUUCUUUCAACACAUUCUUCAGUGAAACCGGAGCUGGUAAACAUGUCCCCAGGGCUGUUUUCGUAGACUUGGAGCCUACUGUCGUAGAUGAAGUACGAACUGGAACUUAUCGUCAAUUGUUUCAUCCUGAGCAAUUAAUUACUGGUAAAGAAGACGCAGCAAAUAAUUAUGCUCGCGGUCAUUACACUGUUGGCAAGGAAAUUAUCGAUUUGGUGCUGGACCGCAUUCGAAAGCUCGCUGAUCAAUGCACUGGUCUCCAAGGAUUUCUAAUCUUCCAUUCAUUUGGAGGUGGUACGGGAUCUGGAUUCUCCUCUUUGCUUAUGGAGCGCCUUUCAGUGGAUUUUGGCAAAAAAUCAAAACUCGAAUUUGCUAUCUAUCCUGCGCCACAAAUUUCAACCGCAGUUGUGGAACCUUAUAAUUCCAUCUUGACAACUCAUACCACUUUGGAGCAUUCCGAUUGUGCGUUUAUGGUGGACAAUGAAGCCAUUUAUGAUAUCUGUCGACGAAACCUUGACAUCGAAAGACCAACAUACACCAAUUUGAAUCGACUCAUUGGUCAAAUUGUCUCAUCAAUCACUGCUUCUUUGCGUUUUGACGGUGCAUUAAAUGUGGAUCUCACCGAGUUCCAAACAAACUUAGUGCCAUACCCUCGUAUUCACUUUCCACUCGCCACCUAUGCUCCAAUCAUAUCUGCUGAAAAAGCAUACCAUGAGCAGCUGACAGUAGCUGAAAUCACCAACGCUUGUUUCGAACCUUCAAACCAAAUGGUGAAAUGCGAUCCACGUCAUGGCAAAUACAUGGCUUGCUGCAUGUUGUAUCGUGGAGAUGUUGUCCCCAAAGAUGUCAAUGCUGCCAUUGCAACGAUCAAAACAAAACGUACUAUUCAAUUCGUUGAUUGGUGUCCGACUGGAUUUAAAGUUGGUAUCAAUUAUCAGCCACCAACUGUGGUACCUGGAGGGGAUCUCGCUAAAGUGCAGCGCGCUGUAUGCAUGUUGAGCAACACUACUGCCAUCGCAGAAGCUUGGGCUCGUCUUGAUCACAAAUUCGAUCUUAUGUAUGCCAAACGUGCUUUCGUUCAUUGGUAUGUUGGUGAAGGAAUGGAAGAAGGUGAGUUUUCUGAAGCAAGAGAAGAUCUGGCUGCUUUGGAGAAGGAUUACGAAGAAGUUGGAGUUGAUUCCGUUGAAGGAGAAGGCGAGGAAGAAGGCGAUGAAUAUUAAACAAUUUUAUUUAUUCUUGUACAUAGUAUAGUUGCAACAUAAAUUUAUAUUUGGUUA